AUGUUCUUUUUUUUUUCUUUUUUUUCUUUUUUCGCCUUUCUUUUUUUUCUUUUUUUCUUUUCUUUCUUUUUCUUUUUUUCUUUUUUUCUUUCUCUUCUCUCUUUCUUUCCUAUCUCUUCUCUCUUUCUUUCCUAUCUCUUCUCUCUUUCUUUCCUAUCUCUUCUCUCUUUCUUUCCUAUCUCUUCUCUCUUUCUUUUCUUUUUUCUUUCUUUCUUUCAUUUUUUCUUUCUUUUUCCUUUCUCUUUCUCUUUCUUUCUUUCUUUUUUCUUUGUUUUUCUUUUCUCUCUUUCUUUCCCAUCUCUCAAUCUCUUUCUUUCCUUUCUCUUCUCUUUCUUUCCUUCUUUUUUCUCCAAUUUUUUCCUUCUUUUCUUUUCAUUCUCUUUCUUUCUAUCUUUCUUUUUUCUCUUUUUUUCCUUUCUUUCUUUCUUUCUUUUUUUCCUUUUUCUUUCUCUUUCUUUCUUUCUUUUCUUCUCUUUUCUUUCCCCUCUCUUUCUUUCCCCUCUCUUUCUUUCCCCUCUCUUUCUUUCCCCUCUCUUUCUUUCCCCUCUCUUUCUUUCCCCUCUCUUUCUUUCCCCUCUCUUUCUUUCCCCUCUCUUUCUUUCCCUUCUUUCUUUCUCUCUUUUUUCUUUUCUCCAUUUUCCCCUCUCUUUCUUUCCUCUCUUUCUUUCCCUCUUUCUUUUCCCUCUCUUUCUUUUUCUUUCUUUCUUUUCCCCUCUCUUUCUUUCCCUCUUUAUUUUCCCUUUUUUCUUUCCCUCUCUUUCUUUUUUCUUUCUUUCUUUCCCUCUUUUCUUUCCCUUUCUUUCUUUCUUUCUUUUCUUUUCCUCCCUUUCUUUUUUCUUUUUCUUUCUUUCUUUUCCCUCUCUUUCUUUCUUUCUUUCUUUCUUUCCCCUUCUUUUUCCCUUUCUUUCUUUCUUUUUAUUCUUUCUUUCUUUCUCUUUCUUUUCUUUUUUUUUUCUUUCUUUCUUUUCUUUUUUUCUUUCUUUCUUUUUUAUUUUUUCUUUUUUUUUCUUUCUUUCUUCAUCUUUCUUUUUUCUUUUCUUUCUUUCUUUCUUUCUUUUCUCUUUUUUCUUUCUCUAUCUUUUUCUUUUUUCUAUUUUUUCUUUCUUUUCUAUUCUUUCUUUGUUUAAUUUCUUUCUUUCUUUCUUUCUUUCUUUCUUUCUGUUUACUUUUUUCUUUCUUUCUUCUAAAUUUCGGGAUUUUCUUUUCUUUCUCUUUCUUUCUUUCUUUUUUUCUCUAUUCACUUUUUUUUUUUCUUUCUUUUUUAUUUUUUCUUUCUUUCUUUUUUUUCUUUCUUUCUUCUUUUUUCUUUCUUCUAUUCUUUCUUUUUUUCUUUUUUAUUCUUUCUUUUUUUCUUUUUCUAUCAUUUUUUUUCUUUCUUUUAUUCAAUUUUUCUUUCUUUCUUCUCUAUUUUUUCUUUCUUUCUCUAUUCACUCUUUCUUUCUUUCUUUCUCUUUCUCUUUUUUUUCUUUCUUUUCUAUUCUACUUUUUCUUUCUUUCUUUCUCUAUUCAUUCUUUCUUUCUUUUUCUUUAUUUUUCUUUCUUUCUUUCUUUCUAUUCUAUAUUUUUUCUUUCUUUCUUUUCUUUCUCUUUCUUUCUUUCUUUCUUUUCUCUAUUUUCUUUUCUCUUUCUCUAUUCUCUAUUUUUCUUUCUUUUUUCUUUCUCUAUUUUUUUCUUUUUUCUUUUUCUAUUUACUCUUUUUCUUUCUUUCUCUAUUCCCUUUUUCUUUCUUUCUCUAUUCACUCUUUCUUUCUUUCUUUCUCUAUUCACUCUUUCUUUCUUUCUUUCUCUAUUCACUCUUUCUUUCUUUCUUUCUCUAUUCACUCUUUCUUUCUUUCUUUCUUUCUCUAUUCACUCUUUCUUUCUUUCUUUCUUUCUCUAUUCACUCUUUCUUUCUUUCUUUCUCUAUUCACUCUUUCUUUCUUUCUUUCUCUAUUCUUUUUUUCUUUCUUUCUUUUCUUUCUUUCUUUUCUUUCUUUCUCUAUUCCUCUUUUUCUUUCUUUCUCUAUUCACUCUUUUCUUUCUUUCUUUCUCUAUUUUUCUUUAUUCUUUGUCUAUUCACUCUUUCUUUCUUUCUUUGUCUAUUCACUCUUUCUUUCUUUCUUUGUCUAUUCACUCUUUCUUUCUUUCUUUCUUUCUUUCUUUCUUUCUCUAUUCACUCUUUCUUCUGUCUUCCCAUCCCACCUCUGUUUAUGUCUACUCUCUUCCUCCCUGUCUUUUCUCUCUUCCUCAUCUCUUGCCCCUUCUGUCCUCUUUCUCUUUCUUACUCUCUCUUUGUUCUUAUGUCUUUCUCUCUGGAUCUCCCUCUCUUGUCUUCAUUUUUCUCUCUCUUCUCUUCUCUCUCCUCCUGUCUCUUUUUUCUACUACUUCUUCUCGCAUAGAAGUAAUAAUAAUCUAUUGAUUUUACAUUUUCUUCUUUUGGAACCGUUCUCUCUACUUCUCUCUCUCUCUUACUUUCUCUUUCUCUCUUACUUUCUCUCUCUCUCUUACUUUCUCUCUCUCUCUUACUUUCUCUCUCUUUUCUCUCUCUUCUCUUUCUCUCUCUCUCUCUUUUUCUCUCUCUCUCUCUCUUUCUCUCUCUCUCUCUCUUUUUCUCUCUCUUUUUCUCUCUCUUUCUCUCUUUUUUUCUUCUCUCUCUCUCUCUCUCUCUCUUUCUCUCUUUCUCUCUUUUUCUCUCUUUCUCUCUUACUUUCUCUCUCUCUCUCUCUUACUUUCUCUCUCUCUUUCUCUCUUACUUUCUCUCUAUCUCUCUCUUACUUUCUCUCUCUUACUUUCUCUCUAUCUCUCUCUCUUACUUUCUCUCUAUCUCUCUUUCUCUCUCUUUCUCUUUCUCUCUCUUUCUCUCUCUCUCUCUCUCUUUUCUUUCUUCUAUCUCUCUCUCUCCAUUUCUUUCUUUUUCUCUCUCUCUCUACUUUCUCUUCUCUCUCUUUUUCUCUCUCUCUCUCUCUCUUCUUUCUCUCUCUCUUUUUCUCUCUUAAGAAUCUCUCUCUUUCUUCUCUCUUCUCUCUCUCUCUAUCUUUCUCUCUCUCUUUCUCUCUUCUCUCUUUCUCAUCUCUCUCUCUCUCUUUCUCUCUCUCUCUCUCUUUCUCUCUCUCUCUCUUUCUUUAUAUCUAUCUCUCAAGAGAAAAUAAAUUCCCUUACCCCACAAUGCACAUCAUUCUGACUUCUCUUUUUCCUUGCCUCUCUCCUCCUUCUCCCUCCCAUUCCCUCUUUCCUCCUUUCUCUUCUCUCACCCCUACCCCCCUCUCUUCCUCAUUACACUUUUCUCUCUCCACACUCCCUCUUUCUGCUCUCCACUUACUCUGUUCUCUCACUCUCUACCUUCCUGUUCACACAAACUUUCUCAUUUCAUCACUGCAUCUCUGCCCCCACCCACCACCUCCUAUCUUAAUCAGUUAUUGA